CCACUUUUCACUAUUUGCCCUUCACCUUCUGCACUCACCAUACUCACCCUGCACCCUGCGCCUUGCACCCUGCACCCUGCACCCUACCCCAUCUACCACCCCCUUGCACGCCGCCUAGUCCUUGGUUUUCGUCAUGGCCCAAAAAGCAACUAAAACUCUCGCCUCCCGCAAUACGGCCCGCCUCAACACCACUCUUUACCUUACCCUCGCCGUCCACUUCUUCUACUGGCUCCUGCGCGCACUCCUAUUCCGCUCCUCAUUCACCCGCAAAUCCCUCGUCCUCUACGCCCUCCUCUGCGCCCCCCAGCUCCUCAUCCAAUUCUUCAUCUUCGAGCGCAGCGGCCGCCCAACCUACGGUCCCGAUGGGCAGGUGAAGAGGAGCGGCGAGGACCUGGACGCGAAGGGCUUGACCGAGUAUAUGUGGGAUGUCACCUACUGGACCUAUGGCGUACUGGUGCUUGCGGCCGUGGUGGGCGACUGGGCAUGGUGGUGGAUGGCUGUUGUCCCGGCUUAUUCGGCCUGGCUUGCUUACACGACCUUUGCAGGCGUUCGUCAAGGAUACGCCGAUGCUGCUGGCGUACCUCAUCCCCAGCCCGCGAGCAAGCGACAACAGAAGAUGGAGAAGAGGGGGGGACAGAAGGUGCAGUAUCGAUAAACCAGCAGAUAAAAACAGGAGAGCAGGCUGUGGCGAUGGAGGCCUGUUCAAUCCUAUACAUACUCCCAAGCACCCGCUCCACAUAUGUUACAGGUACAUACAUAUACACAGGAUAUCCGACAGAAUCCGACAGUUCAUGCCUCGACCUUUGUAGGGAUCUUGACCUGUCCCUUCUUACGGUCCUCAUGCGGGAAUCCGUAUCUCCACCCGACACCCUUGGGGCUCCUUCCAUCCCGCCCCACGCUUUCCACAUUCACAUCCUGGAAAACGAAAUCCCAUCUCCUCCCAGCCACCGUUUUGACCUUCUUCAGCUCCUCUAGCCUCUUCGACUCCUGCUGCCUCCUUCUUUCCUGCUCUUU